AUGUGGUAUUUGGAUAAUGGUGCAAGCAAUCACAUGACAGGUGUGAGGACAUUCUUCUCGGAGCUGAAUGAGAACAUCAAAGGAAAAGUGAAGUUUGGAGAUGGAUCAUGUGUAGACAUCGGUGGAAAAGGAUCAAUUCUUUUCCAAGGAAAAAACAGGAGAGCAGAACCUGGUUUACAAGAUAAAUCUCAAGAUUGGAAAGCAAACUUGUCUGCAAUCAAGAAUAGAGCUUGGAGAAGAAGAAGAAGAAGAAGAGAAGAAGAAGAAGAAGAAGAAGAAGAAGAAGAAGAAGAAGACCAAGAAGCAAAGGACUCCAUCGAAUGGACAAAGGCGUGUCUAGAUGAGACUGAUUUGAUCAACAAAAACAAGACAUGGUUGUUUGUUGAAAAAUCGGCAGGAGCCAAGAAUAUUGGCCUUAAAUGGGUUUUUAAGAUCAAGAGAAACGCAGAUGGCUCAAUCAACAAGCACAAAGGAAGACUUGUUUUCAAGGUGUUGAGACAAGUUACAGGGUGUUGGAACACAAAGCUUGAUCAGAUUUUGAAAGGAGUCAAGUUCGUUGAAAUGAGAAGCUUCAUUGGAGUUCAAGAUAUGUCCAAGACCAAGUCAAAGUUUAAGAGGGAGAUUGUUGGGUAA